UCUUCAUCAUCCUGAAUCCUGAUUAAUAAGUAGUGAUUACAACUUGCAGUUAUGUGUGUCAUGCCUGUAUGCUUUACACGAUAAUCUAAAAUAUAUUAUUUUACGUUUCCUUAAUCAUUCCAAAUUGUUCAAUUAACAUUUAAUUGCUAUAUUUCUUUAUUCUUAACGUUGCCAGUGUUAAACAGUCAAAAUGGUCGUCAAAGAAAUUAUGCUCGAUGCCCAGUUUCUAGAAGAAUUAAACGCAAACGCCAUGAAGCUGGUCGUUGUAGAUUUUUCAGCUACCUGGUGCGGUCCAUGUAAACGUGUCGCGCCUCUUUAUGAUGAACUCUCAAACAAGUAUGACCGUGCCGUGUUCCUUAAAGUGGAUGUUGACAAAUGCCAGGAAACAGCCGCCAGUCAAGGUGUGUCGGCUAUGCCGACUUUCAUACUGUAUCGCAAUAAGGUAAAAGUGGCAAAAAUCCAGGGUGCCGAUAUCACAGCUGUCGAAUCAAAAAUCAAACAACUUUAUGAUGCAGCAUGUGCCGCUUCUGGCGAAGACUGUGGAGUACCUGGUCAGAUGGACCUUAACUCUUUCAUUAUGAAAAAUCAGUGCGAGGCUCUUAAUGAUUCAGAUGACCAUCCACUAUCGGCACUUAUUGAGAACCGCGGCUAUAUUGAAUCAGAUUGUGAUCAGCAACUUAUUUUAUCAUUAACCUUCACACAAUCUGUCAAAGUGCACUCUAUCAAAGUUAAAGCUCCUAAAGAUAAUGGACCCAAAUCAUUGAAAUUAUUUAUUAACCAGCCAAAUACUAUAGAUUUUGAUGCGGCAACUUGUAAUUUAGCUACACAAGAACUUGAAUUAAAACCUGAUGAAUUAGAUGGUAAAAUUGUCAACUUGAAGUAUGUAAAAUUCCAGAACGUCCAUAAUCUGCAGAUAUUUGUUAUAAACAAUCAAACUGAUGAGGAAGUAACAAGAAUAGAUAGUUUGGAUAUUAUUGGAAUGCCUAUAUCUACAACUAAUAUGGGCGAUUUUAAGCGUGUUGCUGGAAAAGUGGGAGAAGCUCAUUGAAAGUGAUGAUGUAUAUUAUUAAAAAUCCAUAUUAUAAUGUGUACUAAAUUAACAAUUUAAAAAUAACUAAUUAUCAUAUAUCAGUUUUUUAUUCUCAAAAAUUAUAUAAUUAUACAUAUUUAUGUAAAAUAUUAAAUUCAUAUUUGUAAAAAAAAAAAUAUUCAAGAACGUUUUACCAAGUAAAAACUUUCAUCUGUCUUAAA